AUGCAGGCAAUCAAUAGUCUUCAGAUUGCUCCCUAUCCAGCUGAUCCAUUAGCUUCUGGCAGCCAAGAUACGAGCCAAGACGCCAUUACCACCGCAGUUCAGAAUCGGACCAUGUGGGCGUGCUUUAUCAUGGAACGGUUGAUCAGUUCUGGGACGUACAAUCCGCCAAUGCUUCCUCUCUCUGAAAUGGAAAAGAUCAAGGUGCUGCGUCCCUUCUCUGCCGUCGAGUUUGCCUUUGGCACAGAUUCGGCGUCGCAAAGGAGCAGCAUGGAACAGAGCCUCGCGACUUUGCCGAACAGGAACUCCAAUCUUUUGGAUAUUACUCAGGCGUUCGAGGUCCUGGUGGCAGGAUUCGACAUUUGGACACAUGUGAUGACAUUUGUGCUCAAUGACGGUCGGCGAGCGCCGGAAAUGUGUGCUCCCAGAAAUUGCCCUUGGGUACCUGGAUCACCUUGGUCAAAUACCCGAAGUCGCCUAGAGGCAUGGCGCCAAAAUCAACAUCACAGGCUUCACUAUCCAGAAAAUUCCGUGGUGGCCCACAUAGCUCUAGCCUAUGGGGAAUCUUUCACAUACAUUAAUUUGAUAUAUUACCUUUGUACCGUUAUGCUUCACCGAGAAUAUUUCCCGUUCUUGCCGACGUCAGAGACCGUCCCUCGGGGGCCAGUGGAUCACCCUCAGCUGCAAGCUGAAGCCCCUCCUGGCUGGUGGGAUGCAAGCGCACUCGAAAUGUUUAACGCAACCGAACAUAUUGCGAAAAUCCUGCAUGAAUCUUCCGAGUGCGGGGCGGAAAUGCUGACUCCAUUCGUUGGAUUUUGCGCUUUUUCUGCUGCAUAUAUGAACUUGUAUGUCUCUCAUUUUCCUCAGAUGAAUCUGGGUCGCAGUCCCCGGGCAGAAGAAAACUUGAACUACUGCCUUGAGUAUCUUGAAGGGUUUCGACGAGAAUGGAAGCUCGGUGAGAGUUGGAUGACCACCAUCAAACAUGCAUCUCUGCUUUACCAACGGGCCAGCUCUGACAAAGCACGAUAUCAAGGAAAGUCAAGAAAGGACUUUGACAUCUUACAUCAAUCCAUACAUGAAUUCCGCGUAGUGGAUAGGUCACAUCAAUACAUUCAAGAAAUUGAAGGCGCGGAGCGUGGGACAGGUCCAUCAGCAUCUGAAGAUACCCCGGCGACAACUGCUGCUUCGGAAUCACUCGAUCUCGAUGCACCUCUCAAUGAUUUACUGAAUGAAGUCAGCACAUAUGCUCAUGAGCAAGGCAUGUGGUCACAUUGGUGGCCUUCGUUGGAGGAGAUAAACGUUGCACUAUUUUCCGAUAAUGUACAAUGA